UAACCUGAUCUUCCUGGCAGUGAGUCCGGAAGAGAAGGAAUCAUGGAUCAAUGCCCUCAACUCCGCCAUCACCCGAGCCAAGAACCGCGUCUUGGAUGAGGUCACCGUUGAGGAGGACAGCUAUCUCACCCACCCUACUAGAGACAGGACAAAAAUCCAGCACGCCCGCCGCCCUCCGACUCGGGGACACCUAAUGGCUGUGGCUUCAACCUCUACCUCGGAUGGGAUGCUGACCUUGGACCUGAUCCAGGAGGAAGACCCUUCCCCUGAGGAGCCAACCUCCUGUGCUGAGAGCUUCCGGGUCGACCUGGAUAAGUCUGUGGCCCAGCUCGCAGGCAGCCGGCAGAGAGCAGACUCGGAUCGUGUCCAGCCCUCCUCGGACCGGGCAGGUGGCCUUCCCCGACUCUGGGAAAAGCCAGACAAAGGGGCCACCUACACCCCACAGGCACCCAAGAAGUUGACCGCCACAGAAAAAAGCCGUUGUGCCUCCCUGGAGGAGAUCUUGUCUCAGCGGGACACUGCACCAGCCCACACCCUCCAACGACGGGCCGAGGACCCCCCAACCCCCAUCCCACCCCACCUGGGGCAGCUGUCCCGGAUCCAGGACCUGGUAGCCAGGAAACUGGAGAAGACUCAGGAGCUGCUGGCAGAGGUUCAGGGACUGGGAGACGGGAAGCGAAAGGCCAAGGACCCCCCUCGGUCUCCUCCCGAUUCUGAAUCAGAGCAGCUGCUGCUGGAGACGGAGCGGCUGCUGGGAGAGGCAUCAUCCAAUUGGAGCCAGGCGAAGAGGGUGCUGCAGGAGGUCAGGGAGCUGAGGGACCUGUACAGACAGAUGGACCUGCAGACCUCCGACUCCCACCUCAGACAGACCACCCAGCACAGUCAGUACCGGAAGAGCCUGAUGUGAAGGCCAGUGCCAGAGUCUGGAACUCGGGGUGGACAGAUUCUUAUCUCCAAGUGUUGCAGGAUAAAAGCUUUUUUAUUUACCUCAGUCAAAAAAGAA